GCGUUGCCUCCGUUUGAUAGGUCGAAGAAACUGAAGGUUGUCCAGAUGGUGGGACCGAUCGAGUUCCUGAAGAAAACGCCGUGCUAUAAAGUCACGGGCUUUAAGGUCAAGGUGGACAGCAACGUGCGUUUGUCGACACCGUUCGUGUCUGCGGACACUUCAAGGGAGGUGUUGGAGGGCGUUUUGAGGACACACAAGCACGGGGAGUCUAAGCAAGUUACGCUGCGAUCCGCUCUCGGCGUCGGAACUGAAGGUGGAACGCAUUCGACAAGGAUGAAGAACACCGCACCAACCGAAAAGGUAUUCGUCGUGACAACCGAAACACCUUCUCCUCAGGACGGGUUUCCCAAACCGGGGAACACAAAGGAAAAACCGUCGAAGGCCGCCAAGGCACCGUCGGUCUUUUCUCGUCGGGCGCAACAUCGGAAAAAGGCUUCACCACGUGACAAGGACGAAGAGAAUGUUGAGUGGGACACCCGUGGGGUGCCGUCAUCCAGCCACUGUCCCGAUGGGGAUGACGGGGUUGACGAACGUGAGGAGAAGUCGAGUGAACAGGGUGAGGCGCCGAGGAAGGAAGUAUGCGGGGCGACGCCACGGAGGGCGAGGGUGAUGAGCGGGAGAGCCGCGAGGCCGCUGGGGAUGACAAUGCAAGAGAGGAUGAGGGGGGUGGAGACGAAGGGGAGAACGACGAGGAGGAGGAGAACCAAGAAGGGGAGAGCAUCGAGGAGGAGGAAAAUCCGGGAGAUGCGGAAGAAAGAACUCCGCACGGAAGCAAGAACAAAGGCAGAGACGAGGACAACGACGAGGAAGAAAGCGGUGGAGAAAUGGACCGGGACGUCGAAGUUGCUGGCACACAAGCAUCCGCGAACUCGCGCAAACGAAAAAUGCAGAGUGAGCGACGUCGAGCGGAGAUACUUGGUUUGGGCGCGUCUCACACCGCAUACGUGCAACAUUUGGAAAGACAAUCGGGGAAACCCGAAAAAGAGAGGUGUGAGUGGCCCGCGAAAACGACCUCAAGAGAUCUACGUGGACUGCAUAAAGGUUUUGCCAAACCCCGUGGGAGGCCCUGUGCAGUACAAUGUCAGACCACUCAAUGAAAUGCUCGUCGUUUCCAUCGUGAGAGCAAUGGAACUGCCAGAGAAGAAGGGAGAGUGGGACAGGGCCACAUGGAUAUUGGCCCCUGUGACGGAAGUGGCUAUUCGUGGACGAGUUGCGGCGCAUAAGUGCAAAUGCGCGGCACAUGAUGUGGGAUGCAAAGAACGAUCACACUACGUUUCUUCCGAUAUGCUUGGCAUCGUACGAGGCGCUGCAACCAUCGGAGGAGUCACACGAGCUGUUAAGAAGCUCAAUUGCCGCCUCGCAGUCCUGGACCUGUGCCCGCGCAAGUCGACAGCCCCUCACGAGUGGUCAGAUGAGAGAUUCGCAGUGCUGCCGGAGAUGAUGAACACCUUCUGUGGCACGGAUUGGGUCAUCGUCAUAUUCUCGACGUUAAGAGUCGAGCAAACUGUGUUGAAGAACGUGCUUCGUUGGGAUCACGUCAAAGUGAUUCCAGCCCCGAAGACUCCAAAGGACAUCGGUUAUAUGCACCGUAAAGUGAUUGUCAUCCAACAUCUCCAAGGGUACCAUGAGGCGAAAAAUAGUGCGAUUGAGAUAUUCAUAGCGCGGUGUGAGCGUUUGUGGUUCAACAAACAAGAAGACGGACUGCGUGUGAAGACAUACGCCGAUGAGUUGGAUGCGGGUGAGCACUUCGAUGUGCUCGACAGCGAGGAGGAGACAUCGGACGAAGAUGUAGAUCUGCGUGUACCGGGUGCUCAACAAGAUGUUCGACAAGCGUUGGACGGCGGCAAGGGUCAACAUGCAAUGGAAAGGAUAAAAACGGAUGUUGUGGCGAGCCGGGAGAGCAUUCGUGGUGGGGAGCAGAGGUCGUGUGAACAAGGAAUGCAAGAGAGUGCGGGGAAUGAGAUCCGGGGGCCAAUUGGUGCAACCAAUGCAAGCAAGAAUAACAGCAAUGAAGGGUUGCAUGCAGGAGCGGCCUCGUUAAGUGGAAAAGAGCCUCAUCUCCAAUCCAAACGCAAGGAAAGCAGUGCCAGAUACCCCGGGGUAUUGACUCAACUGGACAACGUGUAUGUGAGCAUGGGGCUGUCGAAGAUCCCAAGAGAGAAGCAAUAUAACGUCCCCCAGGAGGAAAAUGCACAGUGGCAAUUGCGAAAGCGGGUAUUGAAGAGCAAGUUCUUCGAAAUCGCAAAGGAACAGGUUCAUAUCAAAGUGCGGCAGGCGAACGGUGGAUCAGAGAACCUUGCAGAAGGCGCAUAUGCCGACGCACUUUAUGACAAGUUGCGAGAUCAGAACAUGCUGGAGUACAACGCAAAAUUUAAUGACAUUGAAUCCAGUGUGUUGCACGGUCGGAUCCCUUGGAAAUUGCCAAGUCAAGAAGUGGUGCAAGAGUUUGAAGGUGAAAUAUGUUUUGGUAACAGUGUCUUGGUAACAGUCAGCAAUUGGGACAUGACGGUGGCCAUGCUUCCGCGAGUACAGCGGGAUGUCCAUUCACGAGCUCCGUCGAAGAAACUGAAGGUUGUCCAGAUGGUGGGACCGAUCGAGUUCCUGAAGAAAACGCCGUGCUAUAAAGUCACGGGCUUUAAGGUCAAGGUGGACAGCAACGUGCGUUUGUCGACACCGUUCGUGUCUGCGGACACUUCAAGGGAGGUGUUGGAGGGCGUUUUGAGGACACACAAGCACGGGGAGUCUAAGCAAGUUACGCUGCGAUCCGCUCUCGGCGUCGGAACUGAAGGUGGAACGCAUUCGACAAGGAUGAAGAACACCGCACCAACCGAAAAGGUAUUCGUCGUGACAACCGAAACACCUUCUCCUCAGGACGGGUUUCCCAAACCGGGGAACACAAAGGAAAAACCGUCGAAGGCCGCCAAGGCACCGUCGGUCUUUUCUCGUCGGGCGCAACAUCGGAAAAAGGCUUCACCACGUGACAAGGACGAAGAGAAUGUUGAGUGGGACACCCGUGGGGUGCCGUCAUCCAGCCACUGUCCCGAUGGGGAUGACGGGGUUGACGAACGUGAGGAGAAGUCGAGUGAACAGGGUGAGGCGCCGAGGAAGGAAGUAUGCGGGGCGACGCCACGGAGGGCGAGGGUGAUGAGCGGGAGAGCCGCGAGGCCGCUGGGGAUGACAAUGCAAGAGAGGAUGAGGGGGGUGGAGACGAAGGGGAGAACGACGAGGAGGAGGAGAACCAAGAAGGGGAGAGCAUCGAGGAGGAGGAAAAUCCGGGAGAUGCGGAAGAAAGAACUCCGCACGGAAGCAAGAACAAAGGCAGAGACGAGGACAACGACGAGGAAGAAAGCGGUGGAGAAAUGGACCGGGACGUCGAAGUUGCUGGCACACAAGCAUCCGCGAACUCGCGCAAACGAAAAAUGCAGAGUGAGCGACGUCGAGCGGAGAUACUUGGUUUGGGCGCGUCUCACACCGCAUACGUGCAACAUUUGGAAAGACAAUCGGGGAAACCCGAAAAAGAGAGGUGUGAGUGGCCCGCGAAAACGACCUCAAGAGAUCUACGUGGACUGCAUAAAGGUUUUGCCAAACCCCGUGGGAGGCCCUGUGCAGUACAAUGUCAGACCACUCAAUGAAAUGCUCGUCGUUUCCAUCGUGAGAGCAAUGGAACUGCCAGAGAAGAAGGGAGAGUGGGACAGGGCCACAUGGAUAUUGGCCCCUGUGACGGAAGUGGCUAUUCGUGGACGAGUUGCGGCGCAUAAGUGCAAAUGCGCGGCACAUGAUGUGGGAUGCAAAGAACGAUCACACUACGUUUCUUCCGAUAUGCUUGGCAUCGUACGAGGCGCUGCAACCAUCGGAGGAGUCACACGAGCUGUUAAGAAGCUCAAUUGCCGCCUCGCAGUCCUGGACCUGUGCCCGCGCAAGUCGACAGCCCCUCACGAGUGGUCAGAUGAGAGAUUCGCAGUGCUGCCGGAGAUGAUGAACACCUUCUGUGGCACGGAUUGGGUCAUCGUCAUAUUCUCGACGUUAAGAGUCGAGCAAACUGUGUUGAAGAACGUGCUUCGUUGGGAUCACGUCAAAGUGAUUCCAGCCCCGAAGACUCCAAAGGACAUCGGUUAUAUGCACCGUAAAGUGAUUGUCAUCCAACAUCUCCAAGGGUACCAUGAGGCGAAAAAUAGUGCGAUUGAGAUAUUCAUAGCGCGGUGUGAGCGUUUGUGGUUCAACAAACAAGAAGACGGACUGCGUGUGAAGACAUACGCCGAUGAGUUGGAUGCGGGUGAGCACUUCGAUGUGCUCGACAGCGAGGAGGAGACAUCGGACGAAGAUGUAGAUCUGCGUGUACCGGGUGCUCAACAAGAUGUUCGACAAGCGUUGGACGGCGGCAAGGGUCAACAUGCAAUGGAAAGGAUAAAAACGGAUGUUGUGGCGAGCCGGGAGAGCAUUCGUGGUGGGGAGCAGAGGUCGUGUGAACAAGGAAUGCAAGAGAGUGCGGGGAAUGAGAUCCGGGGGCCAAUUGGUGCAACCAAUGCAAGCAAGAAUAACAGCAAUGAAGGGUUGCAUGCAGGAGCGGCCUCGUUAAGUGGAAAAGAGCCUCAUCUCCAAUCCAAACGCAAGGAAAGCAGUGCCAGAUACCCCGGGGUAUUGACUCAACUGGACAACGUGUAUGUGAGCAUGGGGCUGUCGAAGAUCCCAAGAGAGAAGCAAUAUAACGUCCCCCAGGAGGAAAAUGCACAGUGGCAAUUGCGAAAGCGGGUAUUGAAGAGCAAGUUCUUCGAAAUCGCAAAGGAACAGGUUCAUAUCAAAGUGCGGCAGGCGAACGGUGGAUCAGAGAACCUUGCAGAAGGCGCAUAUGCCGACGCACUUUAUGACAAGUUGCGAGAUCAGAACAUGCUGGAGUACAACGCAAAAUUUAAUGACAUUGAAUCCAGUGUGUUGCACGGUCGGAUCCCUUGGAAAUUGCCAAGUCAAGAAGUGGUGCAAGAGUUUGAAGGUGAAAUAUGUUUUGGUAACAGUGUCUUGGUAACAGUCAGCAAUUGGGACAUGACGGUGGCCAUGCUUCCGCGAGUACAGCGGGAUGUCCAUUCACGAGCUCCGUUCAUAGUGACGAGAAAGUUAAUGAGAGGAAUGAUAUAGACAAAUCUGUGGGCGACAGCGACGAGUCACGAAGUGACAGAAUGCAGACCGAACAACAAUCGUCCUAUCCCCCCUCGCAACGGAAGGAAUCCGCGGAGGACAAAAAGUCGGCGGAUCGCUUUGCAACAAUGGAAUCCCCCAAGGUUUGCAUAGGGUCGAAACCGCAAAUGGCCACGGACCCAUGCAACAAACUAAGCUGACGAGG